AUGUGUCUAAUGCGCGCGAGCCACGGAACAAGACAAAUACCAAUCAAUAGACCGCAACAAAAGCACAAAGAAACAGCUUUAGCGUCCUUGAAAGGACACGUCUGCAGUAAGGGCGAUUCACAAGAAGGUAGUAUAUACUCUAACGCUGCCCGGUCCAAGGCAUCGGCUACUCCGCCCGGAGUGGACAGGAAGAAGCAGGAACAGCAAAACGUACGUGAGGAGGCGGCACGUGCUAUUAUUAUUAUAGAGUGCUGGCGGGAGGGGGAAGAGGAGGAAGAGGAGGAGGAGGAGGAGGAGGAGGAGGAGGAGGAGGAGGAGGAGGAGGAGGAGGAGGAGGAGGAGCUUCAGGCUGAGAGGUGGAGAGCAGCAGCACUGCUGUGGAGGAGGAGCAGGAGCAGGAGCAGGAGAUAA